GCCUCCCCCCUCCCCCCACCAUGGUGUUCUAUCAACCGGGCAAAACAGAACACAAUCUCCCUCGAGAUCCUUUUAAGGCAUGUGUCGUUCCCCGUCCCAUAGGUUGGAUCAGUACCGUUUCUCCAUCAUCAACCUCAACCAAUGGCCAGGACAACUCCACUCCCCAGCAGGGUCCAGCUCACAAUCUAGCUCCAUACUCUCAGUUCAAUAACUUGACUUUUGACCCACCUUAUGUCAUGUUCAGUGCCAAUCAGACGGGCUUUGGUGACCGAAAAGACACUACUCGCAACGCCGAAGCCACUGGUGUCUUUUGCUGGCAGUUGGCGACAUGGGAUCUUCGUGAGGCGGUCAAUAAAUCUGCCGAGGCUGUUCCUUAUGGAGUCGAUGAAUUCGAGCGUGCUGGGCUGGAAAAGACUUGGUCCAAGACCCUCAAGACCCCCGUACCCAUGGUCGAGCAAAGUCCCGUCCGCUUUGAAUGUGAAUAUUACACUACCCUGAGGCUACCGGGAAAUCCUCCCAUGGGAACUGUCGACGUCGUCAUUGGAAAGGUCGUGGCCAUCCACAUUAGCGAUCAUGUUCUCACUGACGGCAAGAUUGACAUCUCAAAGACUCAGCCGAUUGCCCGCUGUGGCUACUAUGAAUACGUCGUCGCUCGCGAGACGUUCGAGAUGAUCAUUCCUGGCGACGCUGCAACUCUUUACGGCCUCGAGGGUAGCGUCGCUAAACAUAGAGCAGAUCGAGGGGAACAUCAACAGACAGGCGCUCCUCCUCUCGGUCCACCUUGA